AUGAAUCGUGGCAAAGCUCAUAGUCUCUGGAGUCAUGUCCAAUCCAUGUUUGGCCGCCCGCAAUACAGUGGAGUCCCAAAUGAUGGACGACGGGACCACGAUGAGCCCACCGCACUGGAGCUGCAGCCCUCAACUUUUUCCCUCACAUCCUUCUCGUCGAAAAUACAAAAACCGCGGGCUUCCUUCCUCAGAUCAAGUCCGGAAUCCAUCGAGGAGACUCAUACCCUGAUUCAUCAGACUGAUGGUAGGAAGGCAACAACAGAGGUCAGGGAGGAUGGUAACUCAACUACAUCCCCAGUGCAAAACACCUGGAUUGUUGGAGUGCGUUAUUGUGCUGCAGCGGGAGCCUGUAUCUUGGUCAUAAACCUGAUCUUCAUAAUCGUUGCAGCCGGAAUGUCAACGCGAUAUAGUACUAAUAGCGCUUGGGGAGACUCCGCAGUCAUCUACGACGGCGAUUGCGGUAUCGUCAAACGAUGGUCUGUUGGAUUGCAUCUGAUUAUUAACGUUCUAAGCACACUCAUUCUCGCUGCCAGCAAUUACUGCAUGCAAACACUGGUCGCUCCAACACGAGAAGAGGUAGACGUGGCUCAUGCGCGUGGCCAGUGGCUAGAUAUCGGAGGUGCCAGUAUAAGGAACCUUCUAGCGAUCGGGGGAGACCGACUUGGGCUAUGGAUUAUAUUGAUGCUGACGGCAUCCCCUUUUCACUUGAUGUAUAACUCCAUGGUCUUCGAAUCAUUCUCCACUCACGAUUUUGACGCUUUUGUCGCACCGAAAGAUAUGAAUUCGUCCAACGUACGUUCUCUUGACACUCCAGCUCUCAAGGAAUGCUUUGGUCGGCCAUACUAUACCGGGGCCCUACGAAGUCUCACUUGGAAUGAAAUUGCUUCUGAAAUUGAAAGUGACAAUUACGAGCAACACAAAUCUGACGAAUGUUCUUCUUUCAGUCCCCCACACACGGGGAUCAAAGCACUGGCUAUAAUUACCGAAGAUUUAACCGUGGGUGAUGGGGGCAAUGCAUCGGUUUUGAACGUAGUCUCUGGUCCAUCCCUCGUGGGAAACACUGUCACUGUGCAAGCUAUUCCAUUUGCCUCUAAAGAUGCGGGGGUGAAUGAUUCUAUAGAGUGCACAAAUGGCUAUGAUGCCCUUGCUGUAAAAAAUUACACGGUCAAUGAGUGCCUGGUGAUGAAGGUUGGGGAACACUGUCAGUUGCUAUAUAGCCCACCAAUAUGCAUCGCAAUUGCGCUUGCUGCAUUUGCGAAGGUAAUUGCCAUGUUUCUGGCCGCUCGGGUAGGUCGAAACCGAUCACCACCCCUUCUGACUAUUGGAGAUGCCAUCUCAUCGUUCAUCUCGAGGCCUGAUCCAACCACAAACAACCUCUGCUGGCUGUCAAGCACACAUGUUCGCAAAGGCACCUGGACUAGAACUCGCGAAGCUUCAGCUCCGGUUUACAGAUCGCUCUCAAAGCCGGGAUCCUGGUUGCGAGCGGUAACUCGAUGGAGAUGGAUCGCAACUCUAUCUUCAUGUUUUAUCACCCUGAUCACUGGAAUCGUUAUGCUUUUUGUCUCUUUGCCGGACACUGAUGAGCAAUGGAUAUCUACAAGCAAGUUUCAGAAUCUGUUCUCAUCAGAUGUGGAUGAAAGUGAAUAUCACACCUUCGAUGUUGUUGGUGUUAAAGGCAUGCUACAAUCCGUGGUAUUUGCCAACAUACCACAGCUUGCGGUUACAAUAUGCUACUACUGCUACAACGCGGUAUUGACCAGUAUGCUAGCUGCUGCUGAGUAUAGCUCCUACGGAAUCGAACGCAAGGCGCUACGUGUCACUUGGCCUAUCAAGAGGAGCCAACAGCGAUCGACAUAUUGGCUCAGUAUUCCGUACCGCUACAGCGUGCCUGUUCUUCUCCUAUACAUGACCCUCCACUGGACAAUUUCUCAAUCUAUCUUCUAUCUGGAGAUAGUUACAUACACACCGCUGGAUCGAAAAGUAGGAAGUACCAGUAGUUUAGGCUACUCCUCUGCUUUCAUCCUCUUUUCGAUCUUAGUCGGUGUUAUCAUGAUACUUAUAUUGUGUAUAUUGGGACUCAGGCGACUCAAGUCAAACGCCCCAUUAGCGGCAUCUUGUUCUGCUGCCAUCAGUGCCGCCUGUCAUCCACCCACUCAUGAGAACCUAGAUGCUGCAAUCCGGGGAACAUUGAAGUGGGGUCAGACCACUAGCCCGCCUGUCGAGUCGAUCAACUCCGAAGGGGAUGAACCGGGAAAGGGACACUGCAGCUUCACGUCAUCGGGCACCGUGGAGCCCACUCUAACCAAGCGAUACGCUUGA